AUAUCGUAUUUAAAAAGCCAUACGGGUGAUUAAUAACAUUCGAUCACAAAGUGUACUUUAGAUAAGAAAUACAUUUUACCUAACCCAACAGUUUUAGUCAUAUCCGCAUCGUUGUUAGUAGUGAAGUUUAUAGGCCUGAAACUGCACCGUUAAUAUUUUUGGAAAACAUGCUUAUAUCUGGAAAAUUUCAGUUGGAGAAAAACGAACACUUUUUGGAACAUCUCGUAGCUCUUGGUAUAGCGGAGGAAAAAGCAAAAGUAGUUGAUCAGUUAAGGCCAAUAUUAGAAAUGAAUAUAGAUGGAGAUAAAUUGACAAUAGUUAGCUAUAGUGGACAAUACAAACAAACCUCAAAUCUCGUUUUUAAUGAAGAAGUGGAUGAAACGGUUGCAUCGACAUUAACAGUAAAAAGUAUCGCACAGCGAAGAGAUGACAAUAAAAUAGAUAUCUUUUCAAGAGGGAACAAUGGCGAGAAAGGUCAGAGAACAUUUGAGUUUUUUGAGGAAAACAUGAUAAUGGGCAAGGUUUUUGGAGGGACUAGAGGAAGCAACAGAAGCCAACAUCAGCGACAUCGGGAACUUUGCAAAGAGCUGGACGCAAGCUUAAUGGAGCUUUAAUGCAAAGAAAUAAUAAGAGUCGUUAUCAAAUGAUUCUGAAAGUAUUCCGAUAGCAAAGAGGUACUACAAGCGAAUAUGAUUGACCAUGAAGUGUGGGAGUUGAUAUAUUUAUUAUAUUUUAUUUUUUUAAAGCCAAAAUGUAAUUACUGUAUGUAAUGUAAUUAUGAUAUAUUAUGUAAGGAAAUCAAUAUUGAGGUACUAGGACAGCGAUGGCGAACCUUUCUGAGACAUGAGACAAUUUGCGUAACUUUAGAACUGUAAUGAUCAAACUGAAUGUGAUAGACAGAAUUUAAUUUGCUUUUGUGUCAAUGGCCAAAAUUUCUAAAAUUAGAAAACCUAAAUAAACCCGCGUAACCAAACAAAUGGUUGCCUAGCAAUCGCGAAUCAGUUAAAAACCUUGCGUGGGUGUGACCUACAUGUCAUAGGUUCGCCAUCGCUGUAGGUAGUACAUCACUGUACUAGAAGCAGAUUAAUGUUGUGCAUUUUUAUAAAUUUAGAACUUAUUUAUAUCACUAUUUAAUUAAUAUAUGAUUAUAUAAGAAUAUUUGGUUCCAAUAGCGCGACAUUGUAUUGUGAUAGGUAAUAUUAUGUAGGAACUGUGUUUUGUUUUAAAAAUUCAUUAUUAAACUAAUUUUUUCUA